AUGGAAGGUUGAGUACAUAGAGCUCUCUCUCACUCUCCCAGUGUUUACUGCCAGAAGAAAGACAGCCAGUCUGUAUGUGUCGAAUGUGGGUAAUGGACAUAUUGUUACCUGAAGGCAGAAACCACAGGAAAUAGGAGAUCUGAUGAAUGUUCCUCUACACUUUUUAAAGGCCUCCAAGAUGUGUUUAAGAUAAGAGAAAACUUCCACAAGUUUUAAGAUAUCAAGAGCCAAAAAUAAAUAAGUAAAUUAAUGGAUCUCAGAGCCAAGCAUGGUUUGAUGCUGUUGGAGCAGCUAAAUCGAAUGCGGGACACUGAGCAGUUAACAGAUGUGGUUCUAGUAGCUGAAGGGGUCAGCUUCCCAUGUCAUCGUGCAGUGCUUUCUGCAUUCAGCCCCUACUUCCGCGUAAUGUUCACCUGUGGCCUUCGUGAGUGCACCAACCGUCAGGUGGUUUUAAGAGACAUGCCGGCCCAAAGCCUGGCACUUCUUCUGGAAUACAUGUACAGCUCCAAACUUCCUCUCAAUGCAGCCAAUGUGCAGGGGAUCUCUGUUGCUGCUUUUUUGCUACAGAUGGAUGAUGUAUUCAGCCGUUGUCAGAUUUACAUGAUUGACAACAUGGAUACCUCCAACUGCCUGGGCAUCUAUUACUACGCCCGGUACCUGGGGGCAGAGGAUUUAGCCGACCAGGCUCAGCUCUAUCUGCGGCAGCACUUUACAGAAGUGUGCCUCGGUGAGGAAGUGCUUGAGUUGGAGGCACACCAGCUAGGAGCGCUGCUGAGCUCAGAUGAUCUCAAUAUUUCACGGGAAGAAAGCAUUCUGGAUGUGGUGAUGCGUUGGGUGAAGUACUGCCCAGGUGGUAUAGGGUCAGAGGAAGAGAACCGUGCAAGACACCUUCCAGAGCUCUUAAAGAAGGUACGCCUUCCAUUGGUCGGUGUGGAUUAUUUGAAGGGGACACUGAAACGGAACACAGUGAUGCUAGCUGAUGCUGAAUGUCUAGAGAUGAUGGAAGAAGCAGUUGAAGCAGCAAGCAUGGAUUCAGAUGCUCCACCCCGCAGACUGAAGCUUCGCUAUGGAAUGGAGACCACAGAUCUCCUACUCUGCAUUGGUAAUGAUGGCGGAGGGAUACGUUCACGUUAUGGAAGCUACUCUGAACGCAGCUUCUGUUAUGCUCCCAACACUGGUCGAACAUUUUUCAUCACCUCCCCACGAUACGGUGAUGCUCUUGGAUAUGUCUGUGCUGGGGUGGUGACUGAGAGGAAUGCAAUAAUUGUGUCAGGAGAGCUAGGAGCUCGAAGGAAGGCAAGACAGAAAGAGAGAUACGUCGAGAUUUUCAUGUACAACAAGGAAGCCCAGGGUAGCUGGAAACACCUGACUUCAGCAGAGUAUCGUGAUUCUUAUGCACUGGGCUCUUUGGGAGAAAAUCUGUAUCUGAUUGGGGGUCAGAUGAAGCUGAAGAACCAGUUCCUCAUCACCAACAGUGUUGAGCGGUGGUCUCUACAGGGUGGACCUUGGCGAAGUGCUGCCCCUUUGCCCAUGCCUCUUGCCUAUCAUAGUGUCAUUAGGAUGAAAGGCUGCCUAUAUGUGCUCGGUGGACGGACACCUCAGUCAUACCGCACAGAUGACGAGCCUGACCGUAUGAGUAAUCGCCUGCUUGAGUAUGACCCUGAAACCAACAAAUGGAGUGAACUUGGUCCUAUGAAAUAUUCUAAAUACCGCUGCAGUGCAGUAGCACUCAAUGGAGAAAUCUAUGUACUGGGUGGAAUUGGGUGUGAAGGUGUGGAUCGUGGCCAAUCACGUCACUGUCUUAAUGUUGUGGAGAUCUACAACCCUGAUGGGGAUUUCUGGAGAGAUGGCCCUUCUUUACCAUGGCCACUCCUAUCACUUCGCAGCAAUGCAUCAAAUGCUGGUGUGGUUGAUGGAAAACUUUAUGUCUGUGGAUACUACAAAGGAGCAGAUCGUCAUGAUAUCAUCACAAAAGAAAUCCUGCAGUUGGACCCCUGGGAAAAUAUAUGGAGUGUGAUUGCAAAGCAGGCUCUGAUGCACGACUGUUAUGAUGUGUGCUUGGUGGCAAAUCUGAACCCUCGUGGACUCUUGCCACCUCCUGCUGAUUUAGUAGAUGAAUGACAAAUACAACAUCUCUCUGAUGGAGAUUUCUCAUAAAAGCUGGAUUUAGGCAUUUAUAUGUCAUCUGCAAGGUGGUACAGAAGAAGGAUUGCAAGGAAACUGUAGAUAUAGGGACAGUACGGCUUUCAGAUAGCUCCAACUAUUUUGAAUUAUAAUGCUGCAAGUUUAACUUUAAAGUUAACAUGAUUUUAAAGUGAUGUUUUAAAUUUCUUGAUUUUAUUAAUUAAUUUUACUACUAGUUGAAGGAUAAAAUGUGUCAAAGGUACAGUGUGUGUCAAAGGAUGUGAGAAUAUCUCACAUAAUUUACCGAUCACGGAUGAACAGAUGUGAAAACCAUAGUAAAAAUGUAUUGCAUGAAGGUGCACAAUAUAUGCACCUUUAAGCAGUCUAUACAAUUUAUGAAACACAGAUGUUAAUCUGUUCAAUUUAACAAUUGCUACAUUUGUUUAAUGUUUCAACUGUAAACAAACUUUCAAAAUAUAUGU